UUCGACUUAUCGAACCUAACCUUUCUAGUAUUCCAAAUUUGAACCUAAACUAACCUUCAAUCCGUUUAAAAAAAGGGUAUCAUGCGAAUGCUGUUGUGUCGAUGACUUUUUUUCUUUUCUCGUGCGGACGAUUUCCAUUCCAAGAUAUAUAGAUAUUUCGUUUUGAAUUCCUUCUUCGUGAAACAUGUUUUCCAGAGGCCAGAAAGGCGAAACGGAAAUUAACGUAAAUCUGGACGAGCCGCUGACCGAUGACUCGUACACAAAAGUGGUGAUCGAACUCAUGAAAUACAUUUUGUAUCAAAAACAACAGAUACCGUUCGCCUACGAAGCCUUAGCCAAGUAUCAGACUAAUGUGAAGGCGACAGAUAAAAACGUGGCCUCUUUCAAAACCUUGUCGAAUAUGCUGAAGAACGUCUCGGAUCAUUUAGCUUCGCAAUUCUUUCUCAAGAAUUGCGACGUCAAGGAAAUUGCUAUAUUGUUUGGCUCCACGAUAUUUUCCUCGAAGCUCUGCAUCGCGAUAGAACUCCCUUCGUAUAUUCUCAACAGCAGACAGCAUAAAGAGUAUCAACAUUCUUCGAGGAAACCGCUUUUAAAACUCAUAAGGUCCCUGUUGGAGUGCAGCGAGUUUCAAGAAGCCAUGGGUACUCCCUUAAAUAUGACAAAUGUGUUCGUUAUGUUGAAGAAGAAUGAUGACAAUUCAGUAUCAGACUUCUUCUUACCUAAACCGCAAUAUAAGCUACCGGUGCAAACUGCAACUUGCUUCAGAAUCAAACUGUGCCAGAGCGAUCAAGUCAAUGUGCAGUGUAAUUGUGCAUCGCUUGUUCAAAUAUAUCAUGAUUCGUAUAUGCAGUUAGAAAAGAAGCUUGAAGACAAUGUGCAAUAUACUCAAUAUAAUAGUUCUACUGAAUCUUUGUAUCGGUGGUAUCAGUCAAAACAAAUUGUGAAGGGAUUUAAAUUCUGUUCAUGACCAUAAUUUCAUAAUGUAAUAAUUAAUAGUGGAAUUAAUUUUUUUUUGCACACGUUAGAUAAUUUUUUACUUAAAAUUAUUAUAUAGCAAUAUCAUAAAUAAUUUGAAAGUCUGAUGAAAACAGUAUUAAAGCACAUAUUAAUGCA